AGAUGGAUGAAUUAUUUGAGGCCUGGCUUGAUAAAAGGAAAUUACAGUCACGAAGAAGAACAACUCAUUAUUAAAUUACACAACAAACUCGGAAAAAGAUGGUCAACGAUUGCUACAAAAUUACCAGGAAGAUCCGACAAUGAUGUCAAAAACCAUUGGCAUGCUCAUCUUAAGAAACGUGUGACAAUGGAUCAGCAAAUAAUUGAUCAAUCUUCAGAGUCAACAGGCCGAUCUCAAAAUUUUUAUAAGGUUUUGAAACACGAAGAAGUUAUGAAAGAGGUGUCAGAUCAUCUUAUUCAUGAUACUUCAAUUCAUCUAGAGGUUUCAUCGAGUGAUCAUCAUGAUUUAUAUUCCGAAUCUAGUUUCCAUGUAAAUGGAUUGGACUGGAUCGUAGAAGAUAAUAAUUACAUGAGAUCAAUGGAACCACUUCCAGACUCCUUUUCCUGGACAAUGAAUCCUAUCGACAAUUUUCAGACUGAACCUUUUGACCACAUUUGGACCCAAUCCGUCGAUAAUUUCUGGACACAACCUUUCUUUUAAUUCUUAAUUAUAUAUAUACCUCAAUUUUUAAAGACAUUUUGAUACAUUCUAUGGAUUUUUUUGUGAGA